CGUUACGCGGCGGCGGCGGCGGCGGGGCCCGGAGCGGGAGGCACCGGGGACCGGGGCGAGGCGGCCCCCGCCGCCGCCAUGGAGGCGCUGGGACCCGGACCUCCGACCAGCCUCUUUCAGCCACCCCGUCGCCCUGGCCUUGGAACUGUUGGAAAACCAAUUCGACUGUUAGCCAAUCAUUUUCAGGUUCAGAUUCCUAAAAUAGAUGUAUAUCACUAUGAUGUGGACAUUAAACCAGAAAAACGGCCUCGGAGAGUCAACAGGGAGGUAGUAGAUACAAUGGUGCGGCACUUCAAGAUGCAAAUAUUUGGUGAUCGACAGCCUGGCUAUGAUGGCAAAAGAAAUAUGUACACAGCACACCCACUGCCAAUCGGACGUGAUAGGGUUGACAUGGAGGUGACCCUCCCAGGUGAGGGUAAAGACCAAACCUUCAAAGUGUCUGUUCAAUGGGUGUCAGUUGUGAGCCUUCAGUUGCUUUUAGAAGCUUUAGCUGGGCACUUGAAUGAAGUCCCGGACGACUCAGUACAAGCACUUGAUGUUAUCACAAGACACCUUCCCUCUAUGAGGUAUACUCCGGUGGGCCGUUCUUUUUUCUCACCUCCCGAAGGUUACUACCACCCUCUGGGAGGGGGCAGAGAAGUUUGGUUUGGCUUUCACCAGUCUGUGAGACCUGCAAUGUGGAAUAUGAUGCUUAAUAUCGAUGUAUCUGCGACUGCUUUCUACCGGGCUCAGCCCAUCAUUGAGUUCAUGUGUGAGGUUUUAGACAUUCAGAACAUCAAUGAACAGACCAAACCUCUAACAGAUUCUCAGCGUGUCAAGUUUACCAAAGAAAUCAGAGGUCUCAAAGUUGAGGUGACCCACUGUGGACAAAUGAAACGAAAAUACCGAGUUUGUAAUGUGACUAGACGGCCAGCCAGUCAUCAAACUUUUCCUUUGCAGCUAGAAAAUGGUCAAGCUAUGGAAUGUACAGUAGCUCAAUAUUUUAAGCAAAAGUAUAGUCUGCAGCUGAAAUACCCCCAUCUUCCCUGUCUCCAAGUGGGACAAGAACAAAAGCAUACAUACUUACCACUUGAGGUCUGUAAUAUAGUGGCAGGGCAGCGAUGUAUAAAGAAACUCACAGACAAUCAGACAUCCACAAUGAUCAAAGCCACAGCAAGAUCUGCUCCUGACAGGCAGGAAGAAAUCAGUAGACUGGUGAAGAGUAACAGCAUGGUGGGUGGACCUGAUCCGUACCUUAAAGAAUUUGGGAUUGUUGUCCACAAUGAAAUGACAGAGCUCACAGGCAGGGUACUUCCAGCACCAAUGCUGCAAUAUGGAGGCCGGAAUAAAACAGUAGCCACACCCAACCAGGGUGUCUGGGACAUGCGAGGAAAGCAGUUUUAUGCUGGCAUUGAAAUUAAAGUUUGGGCAGUUGCUUGUUUUGCACCUCAGAAACAAUGUAGGGAAGAUUUACUAAAGAGUUUCACUGACCAGCUGCGUAAAAUCUCCAAGGAUGCAGGGAUGCCCAUCCAGGGUCAGCCAUGCUUCUGCAAGUAUGCACAAGGCGCAGACAGCGUGGAGCCCAUGUUUAAACAUCUGAAGAUGACAUAUGUGGGCCUACAGCUAAUAGUGGUUAUCUUGCCUGGAAAGACACCAGUGUAUGCUGAGGUGAAACGUGUUGGAGAUACUCUUCUAGGUAUGGCCACACAGUGUGUCCAGGUAAAAAAUGUAGUGAAAACUUCACCCCAAACCCUUUCCAACCUUUGCCUGAAGAUAAAUGCAAAACUUGGAGGAAUCAACAACGUGCUUGUUCCUCAUCAAAGGCCCUCAGUGUUCCAGCAGCCAGUCAUCUUCCUGGGGGCAGACGUCACACACCCCCCAGCGGGGGAUGGGAAGAAGCCCUCCAUUGCUGCGGUGGUGGGUAGUAUGGAUGGGCACCCCAGCCGGUACUGCGCCACAGUCCGAGUACAGACUUCCCGGCAGGAGAUCUCUCAGGAGCUCCUCUACAGCCAGGAGGUCAUCCAGGACCUGACUAACAUGGUUAGAGAGCUGCUAAUCCAGUUCUACAAAUCCACGCGCUUCAAACCCACUCGCAUCAUCUACUACCGCGGAGGGGUCUCUGAGGGACAGAUGAAGCAGGUAGCUUGGCCAGAACUAAUAGCAAUUCGAAAGGCAUGUAUUAGCUUGGAAGAAGAUUAUCGGCCAGGAAUAACAUACAUUGUGGUGCAAAAGAGACAUCAUACCCGACUCUUCUGUGCAGAUAAAACAGAAAGGGUGGGGAAAAGUGGUAAUGUACCAGCGGGAACUACAGUGGAUAGCACCAUCACACAUCCAUCGGAGUUUGACUUUUACCUCUGUAGUCAUGCAGGAAUUCAGGGAACCAGCCGUCCUUCACAUUACCAGGUCUUAUGGGAUGACAACUGCUUCACUGCAGAUGAGCUCCAGCUACUGACUUACCAGCUGUGUCACACCUAUGUGAGGUGCACACGCUCAGUCUCUAUUCCAGCCCCUGCAUAUUAUGCCCGGCUUGUGGCAUUCAGGGCGAGGUAUCAUCUGGUGGAUAAAGAUCAUGACAGUGCGGAAGGCAGUCAUGUGUCAGGACAGAGCAACGGCCGAGAUCCUCAGGCCUUGGCUAAGGCUGUGCAAAUCCACCAUGAUACCCAACACACAAUGUAUUUUGCCUGAGAAUCUCAGAAAAGGAACUCAACCAGUUUGGCACCCCACACAGCCUCAAAAUGUUUCAAAUGCCUACCACCUCUAGUUAGAGCCAAGUUGACUUCAGGUGGUCUUCUACCAGCAGCUCAGAAUAGUUGCACUGAAUCUAUACUUUCCAGCACUGUCUGAUGCAUCAACAAAAUUGAGCCAUUUUUUAAAAGUAGUAGAUACUCAUAGAUUAUCUUUUCUGAUGCACUGGACAGAAUUUUUACCUCAACGUGCAAAGGCUGAUCAGCCUGAACUUUCUAAAGGACUUAACAAGAAAGGUUUCUAUGGAUUAUUUUGCUAGUUGUGGUGUUCACCGUAUCCCUCUAGUCUUAUAAGAAAGAGUAUUCCUUCUUUCUGUGUUCAUUGAGUGGAGUGUGUGCAUAAGUGAGAAAGAAAAACCAAUCUACUUCAGUUCAGUGUAACUAUUUAGUUGGGUGGGGCCAUAAACUUUUUAAUGGAGAUUUCUGACUUCGCCACUGUAAAUGCCUUUAAUGAGCAUUAAUUUUUGAAAGUUUUAAAGAGUUUAUUGGUUUUACUACUUUAUCUUACUGAUCUCUGCAGACUUGUGCUGGUGCAAGUACAGGCUGCCAGGCAAUUGCACUAUAUAUGGCUGCAGAUUCAAACAAGCAAUUCUCUUAUUUGGUUGACUUUUGUGAAUGUGUGACAUAAACAUAUGUAUUGCAUGUCACAGUGACAGGUAACACUGCCAUGGUCAAAGUACUCAUGUUUCUCCCUCUUUGGAAAAAAAAAUUAGCUUUUAGUAUUUUUGCAAGUUUUCAAAAAUGCCCAUUUUAUGCUGCUGUGUGGUUUGUUAGAUCUAAAUCAUUUUAAAACUUUUCUCAUAGAAAGUUAACUUUGGCAAUAAGCAUUUUUUAAGGUCCCUCCUUUUCCUCCCCCGAUGAUGAAGUUUUCUAGAUAAGAUUUUGGUAUGAUUUUAUCAGCUAUUUCUUAUAUAUCAUAAUCUGGCAAUUUCUGAAACCAAUCAGAAAAGACAUAUAUUUCCAUGCCUUUUUAAAGAAUUGUUUUUACUAAUCUUAUUGUCACAGUUGGUGUCCUGUCACUUUGUUGUAGAAUAAGCUAGAACUAGGAUACUUUCUUAUUGGAUAGGCAUUACCAGUCUUUAAAGGCACAUUGAGUGAUGCUGCACUUGCAAAAAUGUACCAGCAUUUAAAAAUUUUUUCCUGGGAAUCAAGAUUACACACACAAUUAUUUGCAGUGCAAUGUUUUUUCUUGUCUUUCAAACUGAAAGAGAUGAUGGGUUUUCCUUCCUUUUAUUCACCUAAAACUGUGUAGAAAUGGUUGAUUUUUCUUAAUAGAUUCUGGGUUCCACUCAUAGGGAGACAGGAUUCCUUUCUUGUCCAAACAAAAGGAGUUGUCUGAAGCAAGCAUCAGUUAAAAUGUAGGGGGAAAUGUAUUCUGUAUUUAGUGUAGAUAAUACUUUGUAAUGGACAACGAUUACAUAGAGUCUUGGUAGGUCCAGCCAGCAUUUCCCACUCCACAUUUUACUGAUUGUACUGUUAUUCUCUAUCCUGGAAUGGCAGGAGUGAGAGAUAAAGGACCCAGAGCCACACUUCAUAUGGCCGACUAUGAAGGUGCUGGGGGAAGGAAAAGACAGACACAAUGUGGUAAAAACAAUUUUGCCACCUCUGUCUAGAAACUGCUGCUGGGAAACACUGGAUCAGAUGAUGAAGGGCAUUUGCUUGAACUCAUUAGUUGGUCCAGGUCUCUUAAAGUAGCCUUCUCGAAAUCCCAGCAAUAUAAAGCACUGUUUUUCUUCAGUCUUUUAAGCAAGCUUGUAAAUACACUGAAGUUUACAUUUUCAUGUGCUGUUACUCAGCGACGCCACCAGUGUUUGCUGAGACUGGUCUCUGAGAAUUUUAUAAUGUCUAUCAAGUCCUAUAGCUCAUUGUGAUGAGUACAGACGUCCUUAAUCUCUGCAGAUGGUGGGAAGAAAGCAAGUUCUGUGACUGAAGCACAACAUAGGCAGGAGUGAAGUGAUGGAAGAUGUUAAUAUCUUAAGAUUUUCCUUUUUCGCAAAUACCUCACUUGGAUAAUACAAAUCAGGACAUGUUGGUGAGGAGCUGGCUGCUGCUUUUAUUCACACUUGUUCAGGGAGAGCACAGAAAAUACCCUUCAGCAUGGCCGCUCUGGACUCAAGAAGAGAAAAAACAAGCCUUGGAGGAGGAGGAGGACUCUCUGGAGUCCAAGAUGUGAAGAACUCUGGCAGCUGGCUGGCCAGCUGGCGGGCACUACACCUGCACUUGAGUGCCUCGGGUUCAUUUGUUGGUACUGCACAGAAGAAGCUCUCACCAUGUCCUGGGAUUCAUGGAGCAGAGGCAGAGCCAAGUGCCCAGGACCCCUGAUCUGCUUGCCUGCAGUUGGACUCUAUGCUCGACCUUAAACUAUACUGUUUGUAAGACCUCAGUCAGCCAUAGUACACAGGGGCCAAUCAACAUGGUGGUGGAAGAAAAGCCGGGAGGCCUAUUUUUAUAGGAAAACAGUCCCAUCAAGGGUGCAAUGCCGUCAUUUUGGACAAAAGGAAAGAAAUAUAGAAGUAGGAUUAUUGGGGAAAAAAACUUGUGGAGGGGUGAGUCUUUAAGGGGUAAUCACUGCACAGAGGUGCCGCAAUAUUAUUGCAAGCGAGUCUGAGAGCAUAGUUUUAAUUUAAUUUGGCUUGACAAUUCUAAUAGUUAACCCCUUCAAAACUAAAUCGUUAUGCAUGUGUCAAUCAAUGGGAGGUGUGCAUUCUGUAGAAGUAGUGUUAGGCUGGGUUUUUUUGUUGUUUUUUUUUAAAUACAGCCUGUUUAGGCACUGUCAUGUGGUGUGAAAGAUUUAAAUGUAGCAAUGCUAAAGAGUAACAGUUUGGGGAUAAGGAGUGGGACAUUAAAAGAGUGGUGAAGACACAAAUGUUGAACCAAUUUUGUUUUGUUGUUGUUGUUAGCUGUUGAAUCCUGAGUGGUUUAUAAAACGAACCAGCUGGCUUAAUGCAGCCAGAGUUCUGGGCAGACAGAACACACUCAUUCUUACUGUAAAUUCUAUUUGCUGCUUCCAAAGGUAAUGAUUUAUAAGCAGGCAUGUUCUAUAUGGUCUGUACUUAAGGAUCUGGUGCCCAGCCUAUUUCAGAGCUUAUCUACCUGGCUCACUCCAUCCCCAUGGGAAAAGGUAAUCCACUGUUUUACAAGGUUCACCCUCUCCACCCUGCCCCAUCAGCCCUUUGUGGAUGUGCUGUAAGAUUUUCAUGCUCAAUAACAAAGUGGUAGCUCUGCUUUCAUUUUAAGAAAGUGGAGGCUAAGGGCAUUGUAUCAAUACUGCUUCAACUCCAAGAAUUUUUCCUUGUAAAGUUAAAGGAAAAAUCUUAUUGAUUAACCAUUUUCUUAUCCCUUGCUAUUGACAUAUUCAUGCUCUUUCUAUGUCUAGUGGCUGAAAAUGUUUGCAUUUGUUCAUUUGACUAAUGGUGUGAUUUUUGUUUCUAUACCGUUAGACUUGUAACGUUUUAAAAUGUAUUUUAUUAAAUUUGGACUGGAUGUAUGUCUCUAGCAAUACGAGGUACUUUAUAAGCUAUUAAGGGAGGGAAUGUAUCCCCAUGAUAAGAUAAUGGUUGUUUAAAUUUUGCAAUUUUUUUGGCCUGCAGGGAUAUUUUGUGUUCAUGUGUCCCAAAAAAAGAAUAAAUUGGCAAUCUUGUGCCAAAAGUUGU